GCCGACAAUGGAGCACAUCGCACUGCUUCCCCACCUCCACCUCCGCCAUUUUGUCAUGAGUCGGCCCGGCCCCGCCUCCUCGGUGAGUGACAGGUGGUCUGCCGGGCGCCACCCGCGAUUUGCGGCGCCUUCCCUGCUCUCGGUGCGGCGGCGGCGGCGGUUGAUCGUUAUGAGUAAACUUUCAAACUUCUUCAGGGGCGGCUCGAGUUCCUCGGGGUCGUCCCGCUCCAGGAAGUCGGGCCCGAGUCCGCAGGAGGCCUUGAAACGUCUCCGGGAGACCGAGGAGAUGUUGACCAAGAAACAGGAGUACUUGGAGAACAGGAUUGGGAAAGAGUUGGAGAUCGUCCGGAAAAAUGGCACCAAGAACAAGCGAGUUUCCCUACAAGCACUGAAACGGAAGAAGAGGUUGGAAAAGCAGUUGGCACAGAUCGAUGGAACACUCUCCACAAUUGAAUUCCAGCGAGAAGCAUUAGAAAAUGCAAAUACAAAUACGGAAGUAUUGAAAUCUAUGGGCUAUGCUGCAAAGGCCAUGAAAGCUGCUCAUGAGCACAUGGAUUUGGAUAAAAUUGAUGAGAUGAUGCAAAAUAUCACGGAACAGCAGGAAGUAGCACAAGAAAUUUCCGAUGCAAUAUCCCGACCAGCUGCGUUUGGGUCAGAAUUUGAUGAGGAUGAAUUGCUGGCAGAAUUAGAGGAGUUGGAACAGGAAGAAUUAAAUAAGAGAGUGAUUAAAGGACUGCCAAAAGUUCCAACCACCAAUCUUCCAUCCAGACAAGCUACAACUAAAAAGAAAACACGUGAUGAAGAUGCAAGUAUAAAGCAUUUGACUGCCUGGGCAUCGUAAAACUGACGACAAGAACCAGUUAUACUAAGUAACAUUUAGAUGACUUUGUAUUUACAGGUGUGAUGGUAAAGUGUAUUGCCACACGUUAUGUAUAGUUAGGGGCAUCUGAGGUGUGGCAGGCUCUCUAUUCACACAGAAUUCUCAUCAGAGACAGUAAAUCAUCCACUUUUUGUGCAUUAGCAUACACUUAGUCUGACUUGAACCACAUGGUGAUUAGUUUUGGAAAAUAUUCAAAUUCUAAAACUUUGUACACUGAACAUAAAAUUAGAGAAUUUCAGCUACUGAGUUAUCUUGUUGUGUCUUUAACUCUAUGGAAUAUUUUGAGCAAAGAACUGAUGAAAGCCUGAAAUUUUAUAAUAACCUCAUUUAAUACAAAAACAUUUUUAAAAGAUCACAACUAAAAUUUGACAGUUGAUUUGAAAUGAACCUGACUUCAUUCUAGUAUUCCUUGGCUUAUAUUUUGUCCUGAAAUUUAUAGGACUACAAGGUAGGCUAUUUCUUAUGAGAUGUUAUUUUUGUAACAAAGCAGAUAUUUUAUAAUUAGAAUCUCACUACCCCUAUACUUGCUGUCAUAUUUGAAAGCACAAAAGUUAAAAUUUCAGUUACUACUUCAUGAUUGAUCCUCCUUCAGUUAAAUUUUGGCUUUAACUUUAUUUACAAUCAAUAGCACCAUUUUUAAUACUAACUUGUAAUUCAUUUAGCUAUUAUGGGUUACCAAACCAAGACAAACAGUUAGUGAGCACUUUGUUUUCUUCUCCCUGUAGCUUCUUAUUCCUGUUGGCCCAGUAUUUGAUGUUGCACUGUUAAGUCAGCAAGUUGCCUUCUCUAUUCUGCCCAGUUAAUUGGAUUCCAAUUCUUUUCCCCAAUAUGCUUUGGUCAUGACAGCCCAGCUGCAAUUUUUUAAUGAAUAUAAGCAGUUUUGAUAUCACUGUUCUUCCUGCCUACAGAAACAGUUCAUCUAUCAAUUGAUUGCAAUCCUUGACCUAUCAUGCCCUGGUUGUUACAGCAAAUUGCCUAUAUUUGACAAUUUGUUACUGUAGUAAAUUACUUAUCACUUUGCUGUAGAGUUUCUGAUUAACCAUAUUUCUCUUUCUAAUGGCAAUUUAAAUUUUUUUUUGUUUUAGGAUUUAUUUCUGUGCUAUUAUAGUGUUCUUGUAUAUCUGUGGCCUGUCUUACUUCAGUUGCUGUUAAUCUUGUUACUGAGGACUUAUUCACACUCUUUAAUUCAUGCCUGACCUAAUUGCAAGUUGUUAAUCAAUCUGUUCUGAUUGGAAAGGUCUGAAAGAAGCUGUUAUAAUCUUUUGUACCGACUAGUGAAAACAGGUCAUUCCCUUUUGGGACUACAUGACAUAACGCUAUCAACUUCUGGUCAUAGUUAGAAGAAACAUUUUCUUUGAACUGCACAAUAACUUGCUGCUGAUACCUGCAUUUUUACAGCCUAUCCCUUCAUUCCUCUAGUAGGACAUGCAGGACUAGCCCCCCACCCCCAGAAAGUUUAUUUUCAGAUCCCCUUUCUUAGUCUAUUUGAAAACUAAAUUAUUGAAUGGCUAGCAACAAACAUGAGAUAAUGGAUAGUUAAUAGAACUCACAAGGGAGAGAUUGAAAUGUUCAUCUUUUCUUGAGCUCCUUUAUAAAAGAUGGAAGAGUUGCCAAAAGCUGCUGUUUUACAACUCCUAUCAGUACGUUCUGCCACCUGGAAAUUGGGUUUUUAUAUUUGGAAGAGAAGGAAAAGGAAAGUAAAAGCAAAGGGAUGUUUACAUUUCAGAAGAGAAAGAAAAAGAAAAAGUAAAAAUCAUCCAGAAAAUGAAAGGGGUGAGGGCAUGUUACACAUUGCUUAUGAGAAACAAUACAGAAAUAAUAUAUUUUAAAAAAAAUUAUUACCAAACCUAUAUGAAAUUUACAGCUGAAUGUUUUCAGAGUAAAAAUACAAACCCCCACCAUCUCACAAAAAAUACACAAGAACACCAUAAAAUCAUAUUGCUAAAUUAUUUCAGAAAUACGGCAGCUUUUGUGAACUUCAUUAAACCGUGUUCCACCUAGGCAACAUCCUUGUGAAUCUUUUCUGCACCUCUUUGGCUUAAUCACAUUCUUCCUGUAAUGUGAUCAGAACUGCACACAAUACUUCAGUGCAGUUUAAUCAACAUUUUGUACAACUGUAACAUGACCCAACUGUGCUUUCCUCCCCACCCUGUCUACCUAUGUUCCCAUUUUUGAGGAACUCCCAUGUCUCUCUUUUUAAGAGCGCUCACCAGGGCCCUGCCAUUUACUGUGCAUGUCCUACCCUGGUUUAACUUGCCUAAAUGCAUCACUUUGCACUUGCCUGAGUUAAAUUCCAUUUACCAUCCCUUGCCCACUUUCCCAGUUGAUCAAAAUCCAGUUGUAACCCUAGAUAACCUUCUUCAUAACAGUGAAGAAGGUUAUUUGAGGUUACAACAGGAUACUUUUGUGUAAACUUACUAAUUGUGACACAUUUUCAUCCAUAUCUUUAACACAUAUGACAACAACAGAAGACGUGGCACCAAUCCCUGCGGCACACCACUGGUCACAGGCUUCCAAUAUGAAAAGCGGGCCUCCACUACCACCCUUUGCCUCCUACCACCAAGACAAUCUUGUAUUUAGUUUGCUAACUCACCCUUGAUCCCUUGUGUUCUAACCUUCUGGACUAGCGUACCAUGCAGGAACUUGUCACAGGCCUUCCUAAAGACCAUGUAGACAACAUCUACUGCCCUGCCCUCAUCAAUUCUCUUUGUCACCUCUUCAAAAAAAACUUGGUCAAAUCCAUGACACACAAUUCCUAUACAUAAAGCUAUGCUGACUAUCCCUAAUUACUCCUUGCCUUUCCAAGUGCAAAUAAAUCCUGUCCCUUAGAAUCCUUUCCAAUAACUUUCCCACCACUGAUGUAAAGCUCACUGGCCUGUAAUUCCCCAGCUUAUCCUUUAUGCCCUUUUUAAAUAAAGGCACAACAGCAGCUACCCUCCAGACUUUCAGUGCCUGUGGCUAACAAAGGUACAUAAAUUUCUGCCAAGGCCCCAGCAAUCUCCUCUCUUGCUCCCCAUAACAUCCUAGGAUACACCUAGUCAGGCCCUGGGGAUUUGUCAAUAUUAUGCAUUUCAAGGCCCAAUGUUGCAGGUUUUGAGUUUGUGUUCCACGUGGAGGUGAACUGCUUCAUUUGUUGUUCCAAGGUAAACUGGCCAGUACCUGGAUCUAGAUUAUAUAAAGUUGGGUGAAAAUCAGAACUUAUUUCACAUUAGAAGCAGAAUGGCUGUGCAGAAAAUUCAUGCCAUGGCUUACCAUGAAAAUUUACAUGAAACUUUUCUUUGAACUUGAAUUGUUUUUUGUAUCACAAGAAUUUGAUUUAAUUAAUACUUAAAAAGAUUGAAUAUGUUGUUUAUUCUGAUUAGGUUGUUCUUGUUAAACUACUUGAUUCUUUUAGUCAAAGUAUAAUUUAAAACCAGGGAGAAAAAAUCAGAUUUGCGGAGGUCUAAAUUAUUUUCAUGUUAUUAGUAAAUCUGCAUAAGCACAAGAGAUUUUCUGUUUCUGUUAAGAUGCAAUCAAGCAAUUAAAUCUGUUAUUUAAAAAUGGUUUUAUUUUACUUGAUUAUAUAUGCCUGCAUAGUUUACUACAGAGGACAUAGUUUCCAAAAAGACUAAUCUAAGUAGAAUCUGUGUAUAUAUUGAUUGUUCAUUGAAGCUAAAUGCACACAUUUGGGAAAAUACAGAAAUGUAUUUUGUAAAUAAAAGUACUUAAUCUCUAAAGCCUUUGAAUUGAAUAAUGUAACAGAUGAUUUUUGGAAAAUAAAUCAUUUC